GCAAACCUUCUCCCUUGCACAGCAUCAAGUCAAAGCACGGUUUUUGUACGAAGAUACCCUGCAUUUAAAAACCAAUUCCAGAGUGGUGAAUCAAGGUGUACAUUUUGUGCACAUGAAAAAGCAAGUGCAGGGUCCAAUUCCAAACGCGUGUUUGAGUGAAAGCAGCAGGGGAGCAAGAUGGUCUCUCAAUGGAAUGACGGCUCUUGUCACUGGUGGCACUCGUGGAAUCGGGCACGCCAUAGUGAAUGACUUAGCCGCGUUUGGCGCUGCAGUGCACACUUGUUCCAGGAACCAAACAGAGCUCAAAAAGUGCUUACAAGAGUGGCAAACUCAGGGGUUUCAGGCUACUGGGUCGGUGUGUGAUGUGUCUUCACCACCCCAGAGAGAGAAGCUCAUUCAGGAAGUGGCAUCCACCUUCAGUACUGAGCUUAACAUCUAUGUGAACAACGUCGGAACAAACUUUAGAAAGCCAACCGUUGAAUACAGUGCUGAAGAAUAUUCAGAGCUGAUGACAGUUAAUUUAGACUCUGGUUACCAUCUGUGCCAACUUGUAUAUCCUCUUCUAAAAGCAUCUGUAAAGGGAAGCAUUGUGUUCAUUUCAUCUGUUGCUGGUGUGGUCAGCUUGGGUACUGGAUCUGUCUAUGCAGCAUGUAAAGGUGCAAUUAAUCAGCUUAGCAAAAAUCUGGCUUGUGAAUGGGCAAAUGACAACAUAAGGAGUAACUGUGUUGUACCUUGGGCAACCAGAACCCCACUUGUUGAACAUUUGUUCCAAAACCAAAAGUUUGUGGAAGAUAUUUUGUCUCGGACCCCUCUUAAGAGCAUUGCAGAAGCGGAAGAAGUGUCAUCACUGGACAAGUCAAGUUAUUUGUGUUGAUGGAGGAUUAACCGUCAAUGGAUUUGAACCCAGCAUGAGAAUUACCUGAAAUUACUUUACUGUUUUUCUGUGAAACAAAUGAUUCCCAUUUGAUUUCAUUUUCCCUCCUUUCUAGUUGUCUAUGAGAA